UUACAAUAAUAAUAUUAAUUACAGAUGCAACAAAUUAGGCCAUGUAUGUUGUCGGACCCUCUUUUUCUCUUAUAGCGCACGAGUUUCUGUGAUUUCCAAGUCACCAAGACAAAUCCCAUCAACCAAAAAAAAAAAAUCCAAUCAUAUCGUUUUUUCUCCUUCUUUCUUUCCUUUGCUCAAAGUUCCCACCAAAGUCGGGUUCUUUCUCUAAUCAAAUCGAGCUUCUUUGGUACCAAUAUCCGGUUUUUCCAACUCCUCGUGAUCAGAUGCAGAGCAGGUAAGCAACUUGGGGGCUUUCUCAAGCUAUGUCUUUAUCCUUUCCGGUUGGCUCCACCUCUCUUGAAGACAAGUACUCAAAGCUGCCAGAUACUUUUUCGGUUUCAUCACAAAGGAAAAUGAUGUUUAAUCCCUCUACAAGACAGGCUUCUCCAUUAGGUUCCAGUGCCGGGUCUUCUGGGCAUUUGUUUUCAUCACCAUCCCCCUUUCCAAAUGAUGUUCCUAUAUCUUAUGUUCCUCAUCAUGAGAGGCAUCCCCACAAUUCUCCGGUUAUUCCGGAGUCAAGUGGAGGAAAGUCAUUGCCCCCAAUCCAUUCUUCCCUUUCAGAAGUACAAUCUACCGCACUUAAUGAUCACAUUGGAGAGAAUAAGGACGUUUCCUGGUGUCCAGACGCAUUUCAGGAUUUUCUUGAUUUCCCCGAAAUGGAAUCUGUCCAGAAUGACCAGGUGGAAAGAAGUACUAUUCCCUUAACAUCCGAGGACCAUGGUGAAAAGACUGAUUGGUCAGCUUGGGAUCAGUUGAUUACCAUUGGUGAUGAUCUGGAUCAAUAUUGGCCUGACCUUCCCGGUAAUUGUAACGCAACAGAUUCUAAGCAAGAGCAGUCGCAAAAUUAUCAGCAUCAACCAUCACAAUCUGGGGAACACUCCACUGUUUCGGAUCCAUCAUCUGCUGCACCCUCAACAAAACCGAGAAUGCGUUGGACACAAGAGCUUCAUGAGGCCUUUGUGGAAGCUGUCAACAAGCUUGGUGGUAGUGAAAGAGCUACUCCAAAAGGUAUCGUAAAUCUGAUGAAAGUCCCUAGCUUGACAAUUUAUCACGUGAAAAGCCACUUACAGAAAUAUAGAACAGCCAGAUACAAACCAGAGCCAGCAGAAGCAGGAAACUCAGAGAAACAAUCAACUUCUUCCGAAGAUGUGGAAACUAAAGAAGUUAAAACAAGUAUGGGGAUCACAGAGGCGUUGCGGUUGCAGGUGGAACUCCAGAAGCGCCUUCAUGAGCAACUUGAGAACCAAAGAAAAUUGCAGUUGCAAAUUGAAGAACAAGGGAAAUAUCUCCAAAAGAUGUUUGAACAACAUAAAAAGAUGGAAAACAAGCUCAAGGCUUCACCGUCCACUUCCAAUGACCCCUGUUCUCCAUUGUCAAAUAUAGUGAAUCAUUCCGGUGAAAGCAACAAAUCAAAAAAUUCAGAACAGGAUCAUCCCAGAACAGGAAUCAGCCCAAGUAACAGCGAGCUAGACGGAAGCUCCAAUGAUGCGAGCAGGAAACGAAAGGCACAAGAAACCGAAUUCGACAAGGCGCCUGAUUCAAGCAAUGUUGAGCCUGAUGUCCCUCCUACAAAAUAUGCAAGGAGUGGAUGAAAUGGCAAAAUCCUUUAUUUUAUUAUUUUUUUUUAUUUUUUUUUAACAUUGAAUACCAUGGCAGUUUGCUACUACUUCUGUAGAUGACAUGCCAAGCCUGGAUACAGAGUAGGCAAGUCAUGGUGCGCAAUAAUUCAUGCUGACUGAAACCAAGAAACGAGAACAACUUUGGAGUUUUUAAGAAUUGUAUUUUAAAAAUUCCAAGGGAAUGGCCCCCGAAAGAUGUGUAUUUUUCUUACUUUGCCUCGGACUUUUGGUAGUCUAGCUAUAACUUUAAGUUUAUAAUAUGUAUAGU